GAGCUUGAUGCCACAGCAACAAUAUUGGCUAACCGGCAAGAUGAAAGUGAGCAGUCUAGGAAAAAACUUAUUGAGCAAAGUCGCGAGUUCAAGAAAAACACUCCAGAGGACCUGCGCAAACAGGUAGCUCCAUUACUGAAGAGUUUCCAGGGAGAGAUUGACGCAUUGGGUAAAAGAAGCAAAGAAGCAGAGGCAGCCUUCUUGAAUGUGUAUAAGAGAUUAAUUGAUGUUCCAGAUCCGGUUCCAGCCUUGGAUUUAGGACAGCAGCUUCAACUGAAGGUUCAGCGUAUGCACGAUAUUGAAACAGAGAACCAGAAACUUAGGGAAACUCUAGAGGAAUACAAUAAGGAAUUCGCUGAGGUGAAAAAUCAGGAGGUUACAAUAAAAGCACUUAAAGAGAAAAUCCGAGAAUAUGAACAGACCCUGAAGAACCAAGCUGAGAAUAUAGCGCUCGAGAAAGAACAAAAGUUACAAAAUGAUUUUGCGGAGAAGGAGAGAAAAUUGCAGGAGACACAGAUGUCGACAGCCUCGAAGCUGGAAGAAGCCGAACACAAAGUUCAAGCUUUGCAAACAGCCUUGGAAAAAACCAGAACAGAACUAUUUGAUCUGAAAACAAAAUACGAUGAAGAAACUACUGCAAAGGCUGAUGAAAUUGAGAUGAUCAUGACAGACCUCGAAAGAGCAAAUCAGAGGGCAGAGGUGGCUCAGAGAGAGGCAGAGACCUUAAGGGAGCAGCUCUCGUCAGCCAACAAAUCUCUCCAGCUCGCUACACAGAUCCAGAAGGCACCUGAUGUGGAGCAGGCCAUCGAGGUGCUAACACGGUCCAGCUUGGAAGUAGAACUGGCUGCAAAGGAGCGGGAAAUUGCCCAGCUCGUAGAAGACGUCCAGAGACUCCAGGGCAGCCUCACCAAACUGCGGGAGAACUCCAGCAGCCAAAUCUCACAGCUGGAGCAGCAGCUGACUGCCAAGAACAGCACACUCAAACAACUGGAAGAAAAACUGAAAGGACAGGCUGAUUAUGAAGAGGUUAAGAAAGAAUUAAAUAUAUUGAAAUCCAUGGAGUUUGCACCAUCUGAAAGCUCUGGUGCACAGGAUGCAUCUAAACCCCUGGAGGUGCUGCUGCUGGAGAAGAACCGCUCAUUGCAGUCUGAGAAUGCCACGCUGCGUAUCACUAAUAGUGACCUGAGUGGGUCAGCCAGGAGAAAAGGGAAAGACCAGCCUGAGAGUCAGCGUCCUGCAACCUUGCCGGCCUCCCCUCCUUCUCAGUUGCUCCGCAACGCGGGGGAGCAGGCUUCCAAUACUAAUGGUACACACCAGUUCUCACCAACGGGUUUAAGUCAAGACUUUUUCAGCUCAUCCCUGGCAAGCCCCAGCUUACCCCUGGCCUCCACAGGAAAAUUUGCACUAAACUCUCUCCUCCAGCGACAGCUAAUGCAGUCCUUCUACUCCAAGGCAAUGCAGGAAGCAGGAAGCACAAGCAUGAUUUUUUCAACAGGUCCUUACAGCACAAACUCCAUAUCUUCCCAAAGUCCAUUACAACAAAGUCCGGAUGUAAAUGGCAUGGCCCCGUCUCCCAGCCAGUCAGAAAGUGCUGGGAGCAUCUCUGAAGGCGAGGAGAUAGACACGGCUGAAAUUGCACGUCAGGUGAAAGAGCAGUUGAUCAAGCACAAUAUUGGACAGCGGAUAUUUGGACAUUAUGUGUUGGGACUGUCUCAAGGGUCUGUGAGUGAGAUACUAGCCCGGCCAAAGCCAUGGAAUAAACUGACUGUGAGAGGCAAGGAGCCAUUUCAUAAGAUGAAGCAGUUCCUCUCGGACGAGCAGAACAUCUUGGCUCUUCGCAGCAUCCAGGGUAGACAAAGAGAGAAUCCAGGCCAGAACCUGAACAGACUAUUUCAGGAAGUACCGAAACGAAGAAAUGGGUCUGAAGGUAAUAUAACCACAAGGAUCCGAACCACAGAGACGGGCUCUGAUGAAGCCAUCAAAUCCAUUCUCGAACAAGCCAAAAGGGAGCUGCAAGUACAGAAAACAGCUGAGCCGGCUCAGCCGCCUUCUGCAUCUAGCAGUGGCAAUUCUGAUGAUGCUAUUCGAUCCAUUCUGCAACAAGCCCGACGCGAAAUGGAGGCACAGCAGGCUGCCCUUGAACCUGCCUUAAAAACACCACCUUUAUCUCAAGCUGACAUUUCUAUCCUGUCCCCCAAACUAGUAUCUACGCCCGCAAUGUCUUCGGUUUCCAGCUUUUCUCCUUUGGCCAUGUCCCUGAAGAAACAUUCAUCUGUCACUGAUUCCAGUAUCUCUGCAUUGCAGAACCUCUCUGGGCUCAAAAAGGAGCCUCAGGAGGCACCUGGUUUAGAGCUUCAUGGGAUAAGUGAUUCUGCCCAGGGUAUGUUGAGACAUGUUAAAAAUGAGUUGGGACGUGGUGGUGUUUGGAAGGACCAUUGGUGGAAUACUGUUCAGCAUGAGAGAAGAAACACGGCUCUUCCCGAAGACACAAAAGUUGAGGAAGCCAGUGUUGGAAAAGAAAAGGUCAGCAAUCAGACUAGGCCAGAUCGUAGCCAGCUUCAAGGACCAUCUUAUUCAGAGUAUUCAUUGAGCAUGACUGGGGCAAGCCGCAGCGAGACGCCACAAAAUAGCCCCCUCCCUUCAUCCCCUAUUGUAUCUUUGUCAAAGCCAUCCAAACCUUCAGUUCCUCCACUGACACCUGAGCAGUAUGAAAUUUAUAUGUACCAGGAGGUGGAUACGAUAGAACUAACUCGUCAGGUCAAAGAAAAGCUAGCAAAGAAUGGCAUCUGCCAAAGGAUCUUUGGGGAAAAGGUAUUGGGGCUGUCCCAAGGAAGUGUCAGUGACAUGCUCUCCAGGCCAAAGCCAUGGAGCAAAUUGACACAAAAAGGCCGAGAACCAUUUAUUCGUAUGCAGCUCUGGUUGAAUGGUGAGCUGGGACAGUGUGUCCUGCCCGCGCAAGGGCAGCAACAAGGACAAGUCCUUCACUCUGUGACAUCAUUGCAGGAUUCCCUACAGCAGGGAUGUGCAAGCUCAGAAAGCACUCCAAAGACUUCUGCCAGUUGCAGUCCUGCUCCUGAAUCUCCUAUGAGCUCCAGUGAAUCAGUGAAGAGCCUGACCGAAUUGGUACAGCAACCCUGUCCUGCUAUAGAGACAAGUAAGGAUGGCAAAUCACAAGAAUCUAGUGAGCCACCUGCCUCCGAAUCCCAAUCUACAACACCUUUGCCUCUGUCGGGUCACUCAGCCCUCAGCAUUCAAGAACUGGUUGCUAUGUCACCUGAAUUGGAUACGUAUGGCAUUACAAAAAGGGUCAAAGAAGUGCUAACGGACAACAAUCUUGGUCAGCGUUUGUUUGGGGAGACAAUCCUAGGGCUAACACAAGGCUCUGUCUCAGACCUUCUGGCGCGCCCUAAGCCCUGGCACAAGCUGAGUUUGAAGGGACGGGAACCCUUUGUCCGCAUGCAGCUGUGGCUCAAUGAUCCCAACAACGUGGAGAAGUUGAUGGAUAUGAAACGAAUGGAGAAAAAAGCCUACAUGAAGCGGCGGCACAGCUCCGUGAGCGACAGUCAGUCCUGUGAGUCCUCGUCGGCUGGCAUAGACGACGGCAAGGGACCCACCCCGCAGCCGCAGCACCAGCUGAAGAAACCCCGCGUCGUGCUGGCCCCGGAGGAGAAGGAAGCUCUGAAACGAGCCUACCAGCAAAAGCCAUACCCAUCACCAAAAACCAUUGAGGAACUCGCCACGCAGCUCAACUUGAAAACCAGCACCGUGAUCAACUGGUUCCACAAUUACAGAUCUCGCAUCCGUCGAGAGCUGUUCAUUGAAGAAAUCCAAGCGGGAAGUCAGAGCCAGGCUGGGGCGAGCGAUUCUCCUUCGGCUCGAAGCAACAGGGCGGCGCACAGCUCGGAGGGGGACAGCUGUGACGGCGUGGACGCCGAAGGCCCACCUGAAGGGAAGCCGAGCGGCCCGGAGGCGGAUGAGUACAGCAAUGCAACCACAAAGUCUCAGGGAGGGCCAGCAGAGUCGGCUUUCGAAGCGGGGGAAGAGGCACUGCAAGGCGCCAGGUCUUCAGAGAAGAGCGAGUCAUUCCACUUGGGAAUGGAGAGCCUGGAGGAUACUGAUGACGAGGGCAGGCUCAAAGCGCCGCGGCAAAGCUCUCCACCAGGAUCUCAGCGUUCAGGAGAAAGUCUGGAGACACUGCCAAACUCUGCCACGGAAGGGGAUGCCUCUACCUCAGCUGCCUCCACCUCAGUCCUUACAGGGGAGAGCUCCUACAAGCCGAAAGAAAGUUCGGAGAAAAUUCCCAGUGUGCCAAGUACGAGCUCGACGUUGGCCGCAGGCUCGCAGAAAGCCAACUCGAUUCAGAGUUUGUUCAGCUUCUCGGAGGCGGCGAGCUCCAAGAACACGCGAGACAACUCCUUGAGGAAAAAGAAAGCCGCAAACUUGAACAACAUAAUCCACCGCUUGGAGAAGGCCGCUAGUCGAGAAGAGGCCGUCGAGUGGGAGUUUUGAGAUUAAACUCACCCAACUCUAGAGAGCUGGGCAAGUUAAACUGGACCUCUACUGGUUUUAUUGUGUUGCGCACUUACCGCCCUGCGGGCCACAGGGCAAAAACGCCAUAGGCCAAGGUGCAUAUAGAAA